AUGGGACCGGAAACUUUUCCGCCGUCUGAUUUUGGAUCAGGAGAGUUGAUGCCCGCUAAUGGAACCGAAACUGUUGUCAAUGCUGAAUUCGACAUGGACGAAAUACUAGGAAAAAUGGAAAGCGCAAACCGUCAAUUCGUGACAUCAGGACAGCCUCAAAAUAUCAUUUACUGGAUGUGCUUCGUCUUCGGCGUUCCGAUGAACAUGCUCGUUUUAUUGGUUCUUUUGGCAGGUGAUCCAGGAGACAAGCGAUCGCCAACUAGUUUAUAUUUGACACAUAUGGCCAUGGCAGACCUGCUUUAUCUUACGACGAUUCCGCUUGCAAUGGCCACACGGAGAAAUAAAGAGUUCACUGCAUCCGCUGUUUCCUGUACAUAUCAAGUCUUCACACAAUCAGCGAACUUCUUCGUAUCAGUCCUUAUGCUCACUCUUCUAUCCAUUGAUAGAUACGUUGCUAUAAUGAGCUCAACUAACCGUUCUGCCUUUUUGAAACUCGCACGCAAGCUGAGGACUUCAACGAACAAAAUGACUGCCUUGUGCCUAGUCGUCUGGAUAAUUGCCGUUGUUCUAGUUCUGCCUGGAAUGACCGAUGUAGGAAAAUGGUCUAAUGCGGGUGGAGAGGAAAUGAAUACCUGUGGCAUUAUCCUUGUUGAGCCCGAGGAUGUCAAAAUGAACGGCCAAGUUUGCCAGCAGCUAAGCAAAGAUGAGCUGGAAUCAUCAUCUCUGACGCAGGCCGAUUGUGAGGAUCACGUGAAGACAUACUUGAACUCGUCAGCAUACGAGGCCACCGACGAUCACCAAUUCAACGAAUGUCUGUGUCGACAGCCAGAAAAGAUCGUCAUAUGGCGAGGAUUUCUGUUCAUUAUUGGGUAUUUAUUACCGCUCUUGACGAUCGUAUUUUGCUAUUCGAAUAUCCUGAUUGUUUUGCAGAAAACUAAUCCAAAAAUGCUGAAUAAAUCUGGCGGCAAAAAUUACCGAUCACGAGCGACUUUGCUAAUAGCAAUUCUCGUCAUGUGCUACUUUUUCGCACUGACCCCAUUUCAUCUAUUUGGCUAUCUUCAGACAAUGGGAGGGAUCUUAGACUCAAAAAAUUGCAAACGAUUUGGCGAGGCAGCCCGAGUCUUAACGAUUGUCCACUCAACUCUUAAUCCUGUCAUCUACUCAUUCCUGUCAUACGGCUACCGAAAUCGCCUUGCUUUGCUUUGGAAGAGAUUCUCCAAAAAUAUUCUAUGCCAGCAGUUCCACCAUUACAUAAGCAGAACUGCUAGCCAUGCUACUCGAGCAACAGACCGAAGCACCUUGAAAACGAAAGACGAAUGCACAGUGCCGAAAGAAAGCAGAGAGAACCUUCUUCAACCUAUGAUAACGGGAUCCAUCUUAAAUAUUCUUCAUUAG